AUGGAUUCACCGACCAAGCUGGCCUCCGAUGUGGUCAUCCCCGACUCGCAAGAUCUCCCUGAAACUUUCCAAACCGGCGCCACAGGUUACGGAACAGACCCCAUAGCCGCAUGCAACUCCGUCUCCUCCACGAUCCACCUCACUUACUCCGUCUGGGUCCGAAAGCAAUGGCUUUAUGAAUCCCAGAUUGAGUUAGAGCAAAACACUUACGUGCACGUUGAAGACAACAAAAUCUCACCGUUAGCAGCCUCCUCGAACUGGACCAUCCAGGCUUUCAAGAAGGCCGCAAUCAAAGCCCUUGAGGAUACCCAGAUCUUCAAUAUAUGCCGCAUCAUGUUGACCGCGGAACAGGCCGGCGAGCUCGAGUGGCACAAUUUCUAA